CCUGGACAUCAUUGCAUCUCACUCACCAUUCUCACUUGCUUUGCGCGUUGACUUCGUUUCGGUGCUUGUAACACCUUGGAUUUAUGGCGAGCUCUAGCAAUUAUUCGGCGGCGCGCCCAAAGCGCUCCGCCGAUAUCUUCACGCGCACACAUCAUCUUACAGGGGACGAGCCAUCCGUAAAGAAACCCCGCUUCGACCCACGAUUUCCCUCGACCUUGGCACCGGAUGUCGAAGAGGAGGAGAACGACCCUAUUCUGGACGCUGAUGAAAUUGGGAAACGCGCAGGCGUCAAACGCAAUGCAGUCAACAUUGACGGCUACGACUCGGACAGCUCGACAGAGAACUUUGACGCGCGUGCGGAAGCCAGGGCGAAGGCCAAAAACGCCGCAGCGGAUGCAGAAGACGACGAUAUGUUUGCAGAGUCUGCGGACGAGGAGGCGGAAGAUACAUGUCGUGGCGGUAUCAAAAAGAAACCGGUCCGCUUCUUGAACGAUGAUGAGAUUGAAGGUCAGGAAGAAACAAGCAAAGCAGGAGGCCACGUGGCCGUGGACUUUGGAGGCAGGCAUGAUGGCGGAUCUAAUGAUGAAGAGACCAGCAGUGAGAGUGGCGGGGAUGAAGAGCGGGCUAGGCUAGAACCUGGCAUGGAUGAAGAGCUUGGAGCUGGCAGCAAGAAGAAGCAUGCGCCGAAGCUGGACGCUUUCAACAUGAAAGCGGAGCAGGAAGAGGGCCGGUUCGACGAAGCGGGAAACUACAUCAGGAAAGCAUACGAUCCCGAUGCCGCUCAAGAUGCUUGGCUGGAUGGUGUAUCGAAGAAGGACAUCCGGAAAGCAAAAGAAGCGCAUGAGAAGCGGGAAGCAGAACGCAUUGCGCGUGAGCGCGCAGAGGAUACCAUAUCGCUGGCCGAUGUUCUGUCGGCCAUGAUUGGUGCUUUGGAAGUAGGAGAGACGCCCAUGGAGGCACUGGUGCGGCAUGGGAAGGCGGUUCCUAAGAAGAAGGUGAAGACGUUCAAUAAGAACAGGAAGACUGAGCCUAUGGACGUCGAAAUGGAUCCCGCUCAAGAGGAGGCAGCGGCCAAGGCGAAACAAGCCAUCGACAUGAUUACCGAAUCGGCAAGUCGAUUAGCGGAACGUGGUAUAGACGACGUUUAUGAGCAACCGAGGGAGAUGCUGAUACGCCACUACAAACGGGAGACGGGAGAGGACUGGAAAGACUCCAAUCCACCCAAGUGGGAGUUCCACUGGCUUGCGGCUCCGGAGGAAGACAUCAACGGACCGUAUGACGAGGCGACGAUGCGAGCUUGGCAAGAAAGUGGACAGUUCGAGGCAGGGGCAGAGUUCCGGCGGGUGGGCGAGACCGAAUGGUCUAGGGUUCUGGAUCUAGAUUAAGAAGUGACGUAUCCAUCACUGGCUGUCCAACACCGAGCA